AUGAACCAACUUAUCAAUUCAACCAGGGACCUGUCCCUCAACUCAAGUCAAGAUGAGAAAUCCGACAAUACUCCUUCGGCUCCUCACCUUCUACCCGAGAUCUGGUCCAUGGUAUUGUUAUUGGUGAAGAAACCCAAACCUUCAGCAUCCGAGUCAUCAAGUAGAGUAAGGCGGACUUCAAGGGUCAGAAAGUACAGUCAGGGGGAUUUGGCAGCAUGUAUGCAAGUGUGUAGAGAGUUCCACUAUCUUACCGCUCCGAUCCUUUAUGAAGAGGCGAUCGUUGAUGAUCGCCAGCGAUUUUUCUAUGGCAUCAAUGAAACGAAAGACCCAGCCCCUACCAGUCCUCCUAGUCGAUCAAAAGGAUUCUUAGGCAAGAUGGAGCUAUUCACGUAUAUCAAAGCUUUCCAUCUCGUCCAUCAUCAGCCAGCUCGGAUGGAGAGUUCUCGACUUGUUCCUCCCCGUGAACGCGUAAGCUUGAUUGUCGACAACAUAGUCGAAAGAAUUGUUUGCCAGAAAGUAUUAGCCCCUUGGCUGAGGGGCAACAAGGAGUCAUCGCUCUUUCCGAAUCUUGAAUAUACCACUACUGGAGCCUACGGGGCGAGCGAUUGGGAUUGGUAUGACUCAGGAUGGAACGGACAUGAUCCUGAAUGGCGUGCUAAAGCUCAAUCGAUGUUUGAGCCCGAGCUGUUCGCUACACUUAUGGGAAUAGCUUCAUCACCCACACACUCAUGUUCGUAUGUCAACAAAGGAGCUCAGGCAUACCUUCCCCCCAAUGCGUUCAACGCACCAAGCAAUAAUCGACUAGAAGACAGCCCGAGACUAGAAUACUAUACAUGCCAUAUCACCCAGAGGAUGGUAGAAAGUAAUACCGAUAUCAGAAUUGUAAUGGGUUUUCGAAAUCGAUGGGUUGUCAGUCAUGAAUUCGCCUCCAGAAACGCUUCAACCAAUCACGACAUGGUCCUCUGGCUGUGUUACCAGCUCCAGCAGGCUGGUGAUCGACUGUCAUCCGGAAAUGAAGUGGAGAAGGAUACUUCAAUCGAAAUUUACAACGUCCUCAGUCAACAUACUGCCAAAUCAUUCGUCAAAUACCAAUAUGAUAUCCGAAAUUCCAAUUACGAUUGUCUGGGGGAUCUAGAAGAGUUUCUAAAAGGUUGUUUCGAUAACCCCUCCAUCAAGCUUAUGAAGGAACCGGCUGAAGUCUGUCCGGCAUGUGGAGCUUAG